UACUAUACACGAACUUUUAUCGCUGGAUAAUUUUGCGAGUUUCCAUCCAAUUCAAUCAUAUAUAUGCUCAAAAUCUUCGCGGUAAGUUUCUCUUUACCAUAAAAUUUGACCGAAUAAGUUUCAAAACAAUGCGACGGCAAAAAAUGCAAAAAUCUUGAUUUUCGUAAUAGAAUCUAUAGUCUUUUUGCCCUCUUGUACCGCCAUCUUGGAUUUAUCAUGUAGGCCCCGCCUGCGCUAGGUAUGCGUUAGCAAUCUAGAUCUCCUAUAUCUAUGGGUGCCAGUCACUUGUUUUGGCGCCUAGUUUGAACAUGAUGCUUCCAAAUGAAUUUGGGCACAGUGCCCAAGAAAGGGUACUACUUCUAGAGGUACUACUCAACAACGGCACUGCGCUCAACAUGUUUUGGGAACAAGUUUGAACAUUGGGCACCGGUGCCGGGCAAUCAGUCCAAACGUAGCCUUAGUCCGCAAAGUUUGUGAUAUCUCACGAUGCACAUGCGCCGAGACGUCUUUAUUUUUCAGCGAGUAUUUCACCUACGCUCACGAAACCUAGUAUAUUGCUACCUCUGAUCUCGGUCCAUGACCGUAUCAAAUUUCAUGGCGAUAGUUUACUAAUAAAUAUUAUAUGGCUUUUCAAAAUUCUCUAUUCUGAUUGGUUGACAAGCGGUCCGUAAAAACCCAUAUCCGGACCGUGAUCCGUAUUUUCCGUAUCUGGACCGGUGUCCCGGAUGUCGUUUAUCUGGCGGGAAAUUUUUGCUUUGCAAACAGAAAAAAGUUUUGCUUUUUAAAUUCCCAAUUGUGCUUUACAGAUAAAAAUUUCAAACAACCAAAUUGUUUUUGAUCGAACAUGCAUGCCUACCGUAUAUUGUUACCCAGUGAAACUGACGAUAGCCGAUUUAAUUCUCGCUAAAAGCAUAUGCUCGCAGACUCAGUUCAGCCAUAUAAUAAACCGAUUAUUGACCUCGCUAGUUCGGUCUGUACUGUGAAAUAUCAGACCUCUGUUUUUUGCUAAAAAACCUCUGUCUGAUAUUUCACAGUACAGACCUCACGCUCGGUCAAUAAGCCUUUAAUACUUUUGGAAUGGCGACAUUUCUUCUUUUCGAUAUCGAACGACCUCAAAAUUCUUAACAUUUCUUUGCCACAGACAAAAUCAGACGUCCCGUGUUAAUUCAAUUUUGCAAAACACAUGGCCGUUUUCCAUUACCUAUAAUUACCAUAUUACACCCUAUUUCGUUUGGGAUGUCCAGUGGUGACAAUUUCAUAAAAUUGGGUAUGCUUCGAUCACAUUUACAGCACUUAGCUUAAAGCCUGGUUCACAUAUGCCUGCGGUAUUCCUGCAAUUCUAUCAUUAUGCCUCUACUUGCCGCCGAAAUACCGGCAAAGUUGAACUCAAGUCAACUUUCCCGGCCUACCGCCGAUGUAACUGUGGCACUGGAGGCAAUCGGCGAACAAAUGUUCACAUAAUUUACGUUUUAAAGCUACCACCGGUAUCGUCGCCGGUACGUCGCAGGCAUAUAUGUGAACCAGGCUUAAGCUGUAACCUUUUAUACCGUCAGAAAGAAACCUCAAAAAUCAAUGAAUAAAACCCAGGAAUUUGGUUUCUCUUCUUUUUAGAUUUAGUCAAAAAGAUAAUAUGCCUUGGACCGCCCGCGUUCCGUCCUAUUGUUAAAGAGUCGCUUCCCAAACUAGAAGUUUUGAAAGACUUGAUGGUGAACUGUUGGAAUGAAGACCCUGAACGAAGACCAACUUUUUAUGAAAUCAAUAACACUGUCCGUCGUUUAAAGUUUGGAAAGUAAGAGCUUUUUUAUUAGCCGUUUUCACAUUAGAAGACGGACAAGUCGUCUAGACGAACAAAUCGUCUUAAAAUCGUCUUUUAGUCGGACAAAUCAUCAGAUGUGAAAACGUGUCGAACAAAAUUUUAGACGAACAAGUCGUCUGAAUUUGUUCGACUACUUGUCCGUCUGUGAAGACGAUUUUUGAGAGACGAUUUGUUCGUCUAGACGACUUGUCCGUCUCUAAUGUGAAUACUAUCCCUAGGGUUAUUUUCCUGAGAGAUCUUGAGACAACUAAUAAUCCUGUGCUAUCGCGCGCGUUUUCCGCUUUAUGUUUCAGGACGACGAAUAUUAUCGAUAAUAUGGUAAACAUGCUGGAAAAAUACGCCAAUAACUUGGAGAGUUUAGUUGAAGAAAGAACAAUUCAACUUGUUGAGGAAAAGAAGAAGACAGAUGAACUACUGCAUCAAAUGUUGCCACCGUUAGUAUAUUCUAGAUGCGUGAAAAUUGCGUGGAUAAUGCUGGAUAAUUCUACCAGUUCUAAAAUCUCCUAUUGAUCCAGUGUUACUACAGGAAGAAACCUAAAUUAAACUAACUUUAUUUAUACUGGAUAUCUCUAUCAGUUCUAAACUGUUCUCUCUAGAGGUCCAGUAAGGAUCGUCUCUUAUUGAUCCAGCGUUACUACAGGAAGAAACCUAAACUAAACUAACUUUAUUUAUACUGGAUAUCUCUAUCAGUUCUAAACUGUUCUCUCUAGAGGUCCAGUAAGGAUCGUCUCUUAUUGAUCCAGCGUUACUACAGGAAGAAACCUAAACUAAACUAACUUUAUUUAUACUGGAUAUCUCUAUCAGUUCUAAACUGUUCUCUCUAGAGGUCCAGUAAGGAUCGUCUCUUAUUGAUCCAGCGUUACUACAGGAAGAAACCUAAACUAAACUAACUUUAUUUAUACUGGAUAUCUCUAUCAGUUCUAAACUGUUCUCUCUAGAGGUCCAGUAAGGAUCGUCUCUUAUUGAUCCAGCGUUACUACAGGAAGAAACCUAAACUAAACUAACUUUAUUUAUACUGGAUAUCUCUAUCAGUUCUAAACUGUUCUCUCUAGAGGUCCAGUAAGGAUCGUCUCUUAUUGAUCCAGCGUUACUACAGGAAGAAACCUAAACUAAACUAACUUUAUUUAUACUGGAUAUCUCUAUCAGUUCUAAACUGUUCUCUCUAGAGGUCCAGUAAGGAUCGUCUCUUAUUGAUCCAGCGUUACUACAGGAAGAAACCUAAACUAAACUAACUUUAUUUAUACUGGAUAUCUCUAUCAGUUCUAAACUGUUCUCUCUAGAGGUCCAGUAAGGAUCGUCUCUUAUUGAUCCAGCGUUACUACAGGAAGAAACCUAAACUAAACUAACUUUAUUUAUACUGGAUAUCUCUAUCAGUUCUAAACUGUUCUCUCUAGAGGUCCAGUAAGGAUCGUCUCUUAUUGAUCCAGCGUUACUACAGGAAGAAACCUAAACUAAACUAACAUUAUUUAUACUGGGUAGCUCUAUCAGUUCUAAACUGUUCUCUCUAGAGGUCCAGUAAGGAUCAUCUCUUAUUGAUCCAGUGAUACUACAGGAGGAAACCUAAACUAAACUAACUUUAUUUAUACUGGAUAACUUUAUCAGUUCUAAACUGUUCUCGCUGGAGGUCCAGUAAAGGUCGUCUCUUAUGGUCGUCCCUAAAGGUCGUCUCUUUUAAAGUGUUCUCCUUAGAGGUCCAGUAAGAGUCAUCAUUCAUUGGUACAGUGUUACUACAGGAAGACAGCUGAAAUAAGCUGUCUCUGUUUUUCUUGGGUAGCUCUAUCAUUCAAUCUAAAAUUUAGAUUGAAUGAUAGAUUUCUAAACUGUUCUUGAUAGAGGUCCAGUACGAGUCAUGCUAUAUGAGGCGAAGCAAAAGACGUAUUAAAAAUAAAAUCCUUUCUCUUUGUCUUUGCGAGCCACUGAAGUAAAGAUUGUUUUUCAGAUCUGUUGCCAGUGAUUUGAAACACGGAAAACCCGUUCCUGCAGAGUCUUUUGAAGAAGUAUCUAUUUUCUUCAGUGAUAUUGUUGGUUUUACAAAAUUUUCUGCUCAAAUCACUCCACUGCAGGUAAUUGGUGCAUGAUGAUUAAACAAGUGUUAUUUUUUUGCUAAAUGCCAUUUAUUGGUUUUUGGGAAAACUUAUAUUAUAUUUUUUUUCAAGGUUGUGAAGUUUUUGAACAUACUGUACACAUUAUUCGAUGAGAUUAUUUGUGCUUAUGAUGUUUACAAGGUACCCUAAGUGAACAGUUGUUCGCAUUUUUAUUAUUGUUCCUCUUAAUCUUAUUGUCCAUCCCGCUUUCGUAGGACGUAGAUAAAUAUAAAACACUUAUUCUUCGAUUCCCGCAGGUCGAAACUAUCGGUGAUGCAUAUAUGGUUGUCUCCGGUCUCCCAAUUCGGAAUGGCCGCCUUCACGCUGGAGAAAUCGCUGACUUUGCGUUACAUUUGCUUAGUUCAUUGAAGACUUAUCAAGUCCCAGAUUUCGCAGACUAUAAAGUUCAACUACGGAUUGGGCUCCACAGUGGUAAGUUUUAGCGAAGAUUUGAAAUUUUGAGUGAUGGCGUAUAAACUAAAGCCCUGGGGCAAACUAGGAAACAUUGUUGCGGAAACAUUGUUUCCUACCAAUGUUUCGCCAUGUUUCCCAGAGUGGGCAAACACUAGGAAACAUUAGUGAGAAACAUAGGAAAAUAUCACUGUUUCUGAAUUUGCUAGGAAACAUUUUUGCUUCUCGGGAAGCAAAUUUUGUUUCCGCAACAAUGUUUCCACGGGUGGGCAAACGUAGGGAAACAUUUGAGGAAACAUCGAGAAUCACAAAUGUUUCCACAACAAUGUUUCCUAGUUUGCCCAGGGCUUAAGUUUGUCACUUUACAAUUUGUUAACAACAUAUGUGAGUGGUUCAAGUAAAAACGAAACGUUAUACAGAGCAUACGGGAAAUUACUUUUUUAACAUAUGUAUUAGUUGACAUUAUGUUGGUUAUGAAAUGGUAAAAAAAGUCAUUUUCCGUAUGCUAUGCAUAAUGUUUCGUUUCUACUUGAACCAUUCACAUAUUGAAUUGAAGCAUAUACGCCAACAAGUUGUCGGAACAAAUUUGUCCAAGAGUUGGAAACACUGCAAACACAGCUUGACAUCGUACACAGCUUGACAUCGUCCUGUUAGAAUAAUCUUGUAGCUCAGUAGCUAUAUGCUGUGACAUGUUACACGUGGUUUCCAGGUCCCGUUUGCGCAGGAGUGGUUGGCAACAAGAUGCCAAGAUACUGUUUGUUUGGAGAUACAGUCAACACUGCUUCACGCAUGGAGUCAAAUGGUGAAGGUACUCGUUGAUUUGUUUAUUUGAAAGAAAUAUAGAAUUAGCUUCAGAAAGAGAGCUCAAAAAUUUGUGAUAUUAUAUGCAUAAAAAGUUUAAUGCAACCUAUUAUUCUUUUGUAGCUUUAAAGGUCCACAUAAGCAGCGAGUUUCAAGCCAACUUGAUGACUCUUGGUGGAUAUAACGUUGUUGAACGCGGAGAGACUUUGUUGAAGGUCUGGUAGAUGGUGUCGCUUGUUCAAAAUUAUUAAUGCUGAUCACCCAUAUUAUAACCAAAUCCAUCAUCACCACCAUUGCCAUUGUCAUCAUCAUCCGUCAUCAAUCAGCAUUAUCCAUCAUCAUCCAUCACCAUCUACCGUCAUCAUCCAUAAUCAUCAUCAUCAUCAUCCAUCAUCAUCACUUCUACCACCACCAUCAUCAUCACCCACAUCAUCAUCAUCAUCACUACCACCACCACCACCACCAUCAUCAUCCAUCAUUAUCAUCCAUCAUCAUCACCACCACCAUCAUGUUCAUCACCAUUAUCAACAUUUAUUCCAGGGCAAAGGUCUGGUGAGGACUCACUGGUUACUCAGCUCCAUACAUCCUCUACGUUCAGUCCCAGUGGUGAACACCACUGACCAGAGCUCGCCUUCCACAAAGCGUCGUCCAUACAAAAAUGGACAUUGGUGCCGCGCAACGGAGUCUGGUAGGGUGAACGAGGGACUUAUAGGUACACCAGAGAGUAAGGCGAGAAGAAAAAAUAAAAUAGGUUUUGAUGAUAGGCUGUACGGAGCGGAAGAAAUGACCAAAAUUACUACAUAGAAAUUAUGUAAAAUAUUUAUAUAUAGAUUGAAAUUAUAUAUUAUAUUAACAGGGUUACGUUUAUUCAGGAAUUUUCAAUUUUGACAUCAUAGAAGCUCCACAUUUUAACUUUUGUUUAAUAUGGAAGAAUCCAGUAUGUAUUGUAAAAACACCAUAUUUUCCACGUCACAAAUUCAAUUUAGGUAACUUCAUUUUUUUACUGCACUAAAAACUUUAGAUGCGUUGAGUUUCAGAACUUUCAAAUUGAGUUUUGGGGUCGUUUAAUGGCCAUAAAAUGUCCUGAGAAACCCUGAUUAAUUCAAGAGACCAAUUAAAUAAUUUUUCCUAUAUAGUGUAUCAUUUUAAAGCCUGAAAAGGCUAAGUAUGGGGGGGGGGGGUGCAUUUCCCAAAAUAUACUGCAUAAGCUAGAAUUAUUUUGACCUUAUUUUAUUCAAUAUAUAUAUAACAGCCAAAGUCAAUAUGUGGUUUAAUCAAUUUUAUUGGAAAAAAGUCAUACAGUUUAAUCACAGUAAGUAGUAAGUCUUUCGUAUAUGUACAAAGAAAAAAUUUACGCUAGGUCUAAAAAAAAUACCUGUGGUUCUGGUUUCAUAUCGCGAAAAAAUUAGGGUCGGUAGGUCGGAAAUAAUUUUUUUUUGAAUAUUUUUUUCAUGUUUUUUUUUUCAAUAAUUAGUGUGACAACAGAUGCCAUUUUGGCAGCAGCCCGCAACCACCUGGAGAAAAUAGGGUCGCAUGGUCAAUCGCAUUGAAAAAAUAAUAGGGUCGGCAGAAAAAAAAUAGGGUUGGUCGGGAACCGGAACCACAGAUAUUUUUUAGGCCCUAUAAGAUACAGCUUCUCUCAAUUAGCCUUUCGUGAGAUGACGAAUAUCCGUCAUUUUUGGGUGGCAUCUAAUUCUCGUUAACCAAUGCAGACAAUUAAAACAAUGUGAAAAGUAAUUUUUCAAAAUAAACUAACCAUUUACAAAGCAAAUUUACCAUCAUUCAUCCAAAAAAAUUAUAAAAAGUCAUGUGCAGUUAUGUGGACUUAUCUUGCAAACUUUGGCUGAAAAGCCACCCAAAAAUGGCGGCGUGAGAAAGGCUAAUUUAGCUCUCCUAUCAGACAAAGAGUAGCCUAACAAAUAAACUCAUCUGCAAUGUUCUUAUAAUAAUGUAAUAAUAUUCUUUUGACAUAAGAAGCGAAACUUCUGCCAAGAAAAUUUGACUCUGCUGUUUGUUGUUGCCUUUCAAUGUGAAGCUAAUAUAAACUCAACAUUAGUUUGCAACUUGUGUUCAUUUGGUUCAAAGAAUCAAUUAGUUUUGAUCAAUUAAUAUCAAUGUCAUAAAGUUCAAAAUGUUAUUUCUUCUCACAGUUCAGUAUACGCCUCCUAAAAAAGAGGGGUUGAUCAUUUUUUUUUAUAUAGUUUUUCAAAUGGAAAACACGAUGUGUUCCUGCAUGAGCAAUGAUAGGUUUCCAGUAUAGUAUCAGUGUGCCGACAUGGCCGAGUGCGAGAGUGGCGACCAUGUAUCGUGUGGUCCAUUUGCUGCAGUAAUUAUAACUUCCACCGCUUGUUUUUCAACACAUUUCGGAGGUAAUGGAACAGUACGGAAUGUUACUUUGUCUCCAGCUUUCAGAACAAAUUCUCCUUCAAUACUAGAGAAUAAAAGGUAGAGCAUCAAUACCCAUUUCAAUACAGAGCAGAAAACAGUGAACUAUUGCUGACAAAUCUCCCCUUGACUAACUGGCUUGAAAAUAAAAUGUUGACAAGAAAUUUUCCGCAAGGUGAACUUACUCUGAAAUAUGAACAAAUAUGUCCCUAGCAUCCCCUUCGUCUGGUGUAAUGAAGCCGUGACCUCGCUGACGACAGAAACUCUUGCAUGUACCAGUUUGUAAUGGUGAAUCUGAUGCUAAUCUGGAUCUAAAUUUAAAAAGAGUAACUUAUAUCAGGUUGGGUAUAUAUUCUAAUCAUCAAUGAACAGUCCAGCUCUUCCAAUCCAUUAUGGGCUAUCCCAUCUAAGCCAUUGAAUGCCAGUGCUCUUCCCUUGAAGACUAAAAUUGUCUGACAUCAGACAGAGUAAUAAAAUGAAGUACCAUAAGGCACAUUAGGGUGCAAUGCAUCUUAAUGGGUUAACAAGACACAGGAUUAGUGUCACACCAGGAAUUCACAGGCUCAAACUCCUGCUGGCGGCCAUUUUUCGGGAUGAAUAGAUCAGAUGAUCUGGAAAGUUUUUACAAUCUGUUGUAUAUUUAAACCAUCCUUUUAUAAUCCUUGCUCUUUUUGUCUGAUUUUUAUCAGAAAUGUACCAAACAAGGUAUUUUUAUUGCUAUUUGCUGUAUUUGAGUAAAAUGUAAACAAUAACAAAAGCCCGCAAUGCAUGAAUCUGACACUAAUCCUUUAACCGUUGAACACCAGUGCUCUCCUCUUAACGAGUAAAAUUGUCUGGUGUUACACAGAGUAAAAUAACAAUGUGGAGCACAUUGUGGCACAGUGCAAGGGGCUAGGGUUCAUGAAACAUGGAAUUCCUCAGAGGUAUAAAGUGUUUCGAGCUUGGAAUUCCUCAAGGAUAUAACUACGAGAAACAUAUAUCCUCAAUCCGGGGGUGUGCAGAAUGCAGAUAUUAAAAGAAUAGCCGAAUUUUGUGCAGAAUGCAGAUAUUAAAAGAAUAGCCGAAUGCACACGUCCAAACAAAAUACAACUUACUGGGAAGUUGUACGUAUCCUCCGUGUUGGAAUUGGACUCGGCAACAAGAAAUGGCCUUCAACGUUAUCCACAGACUUCCUAGGUGACUUUUUCUCUUUUUCUGGUGAAGACAUUAUGCCUUGCUGUCUAGAAAACACAGCACAUGGGGAAAAACAAAUAUGAGUAGGAAAUUAUAUUCAUAAUUCAUACAUGACAGCCGGAUGUAUAUAUUAGCGACAGAUCAAGCUGCAAUAGCGUGAUUUAUACCAUAAAGUAACAGUUCUCAAAUCAAACCAGAUAUUUUCCCGAUAGUUUAUCUCAUGCCUUUAUAUUUACACACAUUAUUAAAGAAUCAUCUGUCAAGACAACUGAACAAGCAAGUUGAAACAACAUCAUGACAGACGAUGUUGGAGAAUUUAUGAGCUAGAACCGGCCAUUUAUUGAAUUGCACACUUUAAUAGUUAAGUAGUAUUUUAAGCACAACUUAAUGCUCAAUAAUUGCAAAUAAAAUACACACUAUAAUUGUUAGAAUAAUAUCUUCCAUUUGCAUACCUUUAUUCGUGUAAUCACGCUGUUAAAAGUGAAAAAUAAACUAAAUAAUUAUAAACAACUCACCUCGAAUAUUCUGUUUUGUAAAAUGUAAAUAUGUACUACGCAUGCUUUCUACGACAAUCAUAUCUUCGGCCAUUCUCGUUUGUUGUCGGAAAAUGACAACAGAGUUUUUGGACAAUUUUAUUUUCGUAAUAUUUUAGCAUUUUACGCAGGAUAUUUUUCAUAUAUACGCUUAAAACGAUAAAUAUAUAAAUUGAGUGUAUUAUAUUUGAACUAAAUUAGCUUCUGUACUGUUUAAGUGGUAAGAUUUUGAAAAUUUGUGCUGAAUUUAAAUAUUAAUCAAUGGUUAAUUCGGAACUUUUCGGAAAGCAUUCGCUCUCUAGUUUCCAGGAGUACUCGCCUUUCAGUUUUGGCGGGAAAAGUUUGAAGGAGAAAAAUAUCAGUGGUGAAUGUUUAGUAAAUACUUCUCUGUGGAUUUUGUUUAUUUCUUCACGCGUUUGGGCAAAUUAAUUUAAAGGUAAUAUAGUUUUCUGUCUUAAGUUGAGGAAAUUUUAAAAUUCUUCAACCUUGUUUCACGAAUUUCAUUCACUAUGAAGAUUGAAGAGGGUGGGAAAGGGUAUUUUUGUGAGCCGUGAAUGGUAAAUAUAUGUUCGCGUGAAAUGUGAAAUGCUUGAUUUUAGUGUCGUGAAAUGUGAUUUGUUCUACAGCCGUGAGGCGUGAUUGUCCGUAAAAAUGCUCCGUGAAAUGAGAAUUAAGGAUGUCUGUUUCAUGAAUUGUGAUUUUGCUUUGUUUAUUUCAAUCUAUUUUAUAAUAGUCAUAAUGGUCCAUAAUAGACAUGAUACGCGAUAAUGAUUUAUAUGAUCUCACUCGAUUGCACAAGAGUAAAAACUUCCGGAGGCCUUUCGGAGGUUUAUAUCGGACGUACUCAUCACUCAAACUUGUAAGUUAUGAUGUAGUUUUUAACUGACAGCUGACAGAUAGAGAAGUGAGAGAACUUAAAGCGUAGAUACUGUACCAGGGCCUUUUUUAAGGAUUUUCCCGGGGGUGUUUGGGAAGCACUUCGUGAGAUAAUAUAUUAGAGGGGAUAGCAAUGGCUGAAGGCCACGUGUGUGGCCAAUAUACCAUGCAUGAAUGGGGGGGGGGGGUGUGUCUGGGGGAGUACUUCCCCAGAAAAAUUUUGAAAUUUGAAUCCCACAAGGGGGGACUGGGGGAGGCCCUGUACUAUACCAUGCAUUAAACAUACUCUUAAUAAACCUAUUAUUAUAUUAUUUUAUUAGAAUCUAGUUUUCCGUGAAAUUGCUUUUUUAAGACAUGUGAAUCGUGAAACAGCUUUUUUUCCAUUGUGAAACGUGACCCAUACCCCCCUUUCCCACCCUCAUUGAAGAUGAGCCCAUAGGUGAUAUUUAAUAGACUGUCACUCGUCGCUAGGACCAUGGGACUCUAUUCUGUGUGCUUAUGAGAGGCAUUCACCCCCCUGAGAAUAUUCAAAAUGGUGAACAUUCAGGGGGGUGAAUGCAUAGUGAUUAUAAAUAACACUAGAGGAGGCAUUGAGGUUAAAAAUUGGGAACGCAGCUAAUGGGAGGCAAAUUCAAGUCCCGGAUAUAAAAUCGUGCUCUGAUUGCCUGAUUUGUUGAAACUCGUCACCAAUGGAAACAUGAAUACACAUCCCGGACUUAAAUUUGCCCCCCAAUAGCUGCGUUCCCUUUUUUUUUACUGAAUUAAGAUUUAUACAAUGCCUCCUCUAGUGUUAUUUAUAAUCUCUAUGGGUGAAUGUCUCUCAUCACUGCACUGGCUAAGACCAUGGCGACAGCAUUUUGAUGAUGAAUCAUUGCGAAUUAUGGCUUGGUAGUGGUUACUCUUUUUUGGCUGAGUUGACCCUCUGUAUGUCUCUAUUCUGAGCCUCUGUAGUUUGCUGCAUCUACUGUAGUAAUUUAUCCAUCACUACACUAGGCAUCAGGAAGGAUUAGUAGUGGGUGGAGGGAGUUUUAUAGGUUUCAUAAAUCGGGAAUUCUGUGGAUCGUGCUCACAAAUGCAAAUGAUAUGCACCUCACUGCCAUGUUCAUUGCACCACAGGCGGCCCAAUCUCGCAAGGGUCAGUAUAGACUUAUAGUAUAAAUGUAUAUUUUAUUAUAUUAAUGUAUAUUAUAGUAAAAAUAUGUCGUAAAAUAUAAAUUUUAAAAUGAAAUUGACUUGCCUAUUUGAUAGUGUGUGUUCUCCUUUUAUUCCUCCUUUGUUGGACUAAUAUUUUCCGAGACUUUGUACUCGAUGUUACUAGUAUACAUGAAACAUGAUAAAGGCUAACCAUUCCCGAUCGUCGAUACGACCGCACGGCACUUCAAAUCGAAAAUUCUCACACUCAAAUCGCUUUAUUCUCCAAAAAAAUUCGCCAGCAUGUACAACAAAUGCCGUUCUUCGAAAAUACGGAGGUACUUCGGCGAGAUGUACAAGUUUUGGACCAUAUUUUAACAAUGGAAAUCAAAACCCAUUUUAUAUUGAACUUGCCCAGGCCGAAAAUUACUACGGCGAACGUCUGCGCAACCAGGCCUCCUCUACCGUUGGAUUUACAGGGGGGAGGAUGCCACUAAUAUAUUCACGAUAAUAUUUCGAAUUAAGUAUCAUAUUCUACCAUACUUUCCAACAAAGAGCCGCUGUAUAUUACUUCUUCCUUAAAUUUCUUCAAUCUCCGUCGUUUAAUUUUCUUUCCUUCGACAACAUCUCGAGUUUUAUACAGUAUCCGAUCGAAGGAGUUUUUAUUUUGAAUAUCAAAUUUCAAAUAAUGUAAACAUUCGCUAUCGCGCCCGCGAUUGGCUGGCUGUUACCGGAAAUAUCUGCUUCCCCCCCUGUAAAUCCAACGGUAGAGGAGGCCUGGUUGCGCAGACGUUCGCCGUAGUAAUUUUCGGCCUGGGCAAGUUCAAUAUAAAAUGGGUUUUGAUUUCCAUUGUUAAAAUAUGGUCCAAAACUUGUACAUCUCGCCGAAGUACCUCCGUAUUUUCGAAGAACGGCAUUUGUUGUACAUGCUGGCGAAUUUUUUUGGAGAAUAAAGCGAUAUGAGUGUGAAAAUUUUCGAUUCGAAGUGCCGUGCCGUCGGAUCGACGAUCGGGAAUGGUUAGCCUUUAUCAUGUUUCAUGUAUACCAGUAACAUCGAGUACAAAGUCUCGGAAAAUAUUAGUCCAACAAAGGAGGAAUAAAAGGAGAACACACACUAUCAAAUAGGCAAGUCAAUUUCAUUUUAAAAUUUAUAUUUUACGACAUAUUUUUACUAUAAUAUACAUUAAUAUAAUAAAAUAUACAUUUAUACUAUAAGUCUAUACUGACCCUUGCGAGAUUGGGCCGCCUGUGAUUGCACCCACGGCAUUCAGUAACUAGUUUAUCAUGUCCCAAGACUUCCUAAAAUUGCAAAUCCUACCACUGGUCUAUCAUCCACACUGCAAUAUGUAAAGGAAAUGUGCAAGAAUAAAGCUUUCUCUGAGGUUCUUAUUGGGAUUAAGUGCCUCAUGGACUGAUGUUGCCAGUCUAUUGAAACACUUACAAAACAUCCUAACUUAUAACUGACAAAAAAUGAAUCAGGAACUCACAUUGUCCAAUUUAAAAUUCUUAUUGGCAACUGAUCUAUAAAGAUCCAUAUUAAAACCCUCUUUAUAUUUCAGGUUGUCUCUGUAGCACUUGAAAAAUGAGUUUGAAGCACAUGCAGGAACAUGCCAAAGAGCUCCUGAAAGUUCUAAACAAUCUUUUAAGCAUUGAGGACAAAGACUCAAUUCCAGUGAAUAUUGUUGACUGCGCCUAUCACUAUGUUAUGCACCUUAUUCCCUCCAACUUUCAACACCCUUUGAAAGACGUUGUCGACUCUGUCAAAAGCCCUUUCUUCCUUGUAAGUAAACUACCAGACACACCAACGCAUUCUGGUGAUGAUAGCACUGAUGAUGAAGAAGGGGAACUUCCGAAAUCAUUGCCAGAAAUAGCAGUUAUCACAAAACAACAUGUUUUUGUUGGCACACCAAUAUCCCAUCAAGUAUCUCAUCUCUUCUGGCAAAGGAAUUUCCACAAUAGUGACAUGGAAGUCACAGAGAAGUACUUGGACACCAGCAGUCUUCAAAAGCUGGAGCUCAGAGAUGCCAGAUACUUGGUUUGUAUCUAUGCUCAGUGCAUCAAGCAACAGAAAGAUUUGCCUGAAAUGUGGUUGUUGUGUGACCACGGCAGCCCACAAGGGGUUGAUUACAUGGGCGUGGUGCCAGUCAUCACAGAAGAUCAGAAGCAGCCACAGCAAAUAAGCACGGUUAUGAUCCGAAGAGAAGAUUAUGAUGAGAAAAAGGCCGGCUCCUCUCUUAGUAAUAAAAAGAAGGAACAUAUGAACUUCCAUCGGGCUAACCAAUCGGAGACCCAUGGUUAUGCAAGGUAUAACGUCUACGGAACACUGGAUGGUUACGAUGAUGGGGAAUCAGAUGAGCCACAAAGUGGUAUCUCCAUAGAGUUUGCAUGGGAUGGUGUCCGGGAAAUCUUACAACCUCCACCUUCCUCAAGUAAUGCUGUUUUAAACAUCUUUGCCCGUCCUGAGGAUGUCCAAGCAAUCUUGCCUGGCAUAACCAAUGAAUUGAAUAUGCUAGGUGAACUUUUUGGCAAGUUUCAAAAGAAAAUUCAAGAAGAAUCAGAUGGUGAAAUAGAGCAGAAUGGUUCAGACGAAGAAUUCGAUCAACCAGAGCUUAAGAAAACAAUUCUUGAGUUUCUUGAUAAGCUCAGACUUCAAAGCAUGGGUCAGUCGAACAAGGUGGAUCCCAGUGUCACUUCACCUUCAGCUGCAAUUUCAUUCGAUACCACAGAACAUCUGAAAAGACAGGACUUGGAUAAUACUGAAUCCCUGUGGGUUUUCUUGAAGGAGUUGCCUUCGACCGGCCAAAUGAUUUUCUGUUUAGAUGUGAUAUUUCAACAGCUGUUCUUAGGAGAAUAUCAACCAGUGCUGUAUGCAAAUAACCAGACCCAAAUUGCGAUCCUGAUGAAAGAAGUCAUCAGUUGUAGCACGGAUAAAGAGCGAGCUGAAGUCAACAGGAAGGUUAGCAAUGUGGUAACACCUGCCGCAGCUCUUCAGGGCAUUGUUGAUAUCGGUAUACAUAAAUUACAGAACGACUAUAUCAACUUUUUUAUCAAAGAGGAGCUCGUAACCAAGGACCUACUAGAAUACUUUGUCACAAAAGGUGCCUCAUCCUCAGAAAAGCUGCAGAAAUUGCUGAAACUACAUUGUAUUUUAUCGUUGGUAACAUUGGCUACAUCGUACGCUCGGAUAAAUUACGAUGAUAUGCGACAAUUAGUUCCAGCAACGUUGAAGUUCUACGAGAACCACAGUCAUACAGAGAUUCCAGUGUUCUCCCUCUCGCUGCCCGCAUUCUCUACCUCAUCUUCGAAAGUGAAAAACACGUGCGUCCGCCAGUUUCAACCUCAGACAUGGGUAGCGGCGAUUACGACCACCAAUCAGUAUAUCACAAUGAUGCAAUUGGACGCAAAGGAGCCAUCGGAAAGCUUUGUUGAGGAGAGUAACACUUUGCGUGCGAGUAGUUAUUCAAUAACAACUGCAAGUACACACAAAGUGUGUAUCCCCUAAAGACGCGAACUAACCGGACAUCAAGAAGCUGGAGAAACAUGUCUACCAUUCGUAACAACGUACCUUGUUUUGCGAUUAUUUUCAACAGCCCAUGACUUCCAAGUCACAAUGAUACCUCGUAUUAACAUGCAGGAUAACAGAUAUAAAUUAAAGUCAACUGCCACUGAACUGAUUAUAUUCACACAUUCCACUGAACUAAUUAUAUUUACUAUGUUUCGCGAUUGUUGAAAAAUGAAACGGCUAAAAAUCCUGUUUUUGGCUAUAUAGUAUUGGCUGUAUUUCCAUUGGCGUAUUCGAGUCUUGUGUGAUAUUUACCAUAAUUAACCAAACAAAAAAAUAUGUUUGUACGUUGUAGAUUAUAAAGUACUAGCGUGCUUUUGUAACGAAAAUAUUUUUGCAAGUAUUCAAGACGCAAAGUUAACAAAUAUAGUUAUACAAAUAUAUUUUUAUUCCAUUAUGCUAUUGUAAUAAAUCAUUUCUCUCUAUUAUUAAAAAACUCAUUAAUAAUUCAUGAAGAAAACACAAAGAAAAAUCAUAAGCGUGUCGUAUCUGUAUAUGUGAUACAGAUUCAUGUUGAUUUACAUAAACUUCAACUUUGAUUUUCUCGGCUUAGACAACGUUUACUUUUAAAAUUACUUCGCCAAUGAACUCAUAAGAUGAGUCGUUUUUUAAGCCAUUUACAACAUUCGCGUCCGUGUUGUAUCGGAUAUACAAACUCUCGCCUUCGGCUCGAGUUUGUAUAUCUGAUACAAUACGGCCGCUCAUGUUGUAAAUAGUACAAAUAGUACUGUACUAUUUUCUCUUAAAUUUCAUUAAAAUACUCCAUACAUCACAUUCCGCAUUUUAACCCGCUAAAUAUAAAUUUUUGAAUGUCAUUCCAAGUGCUUACUGAAUACAGUACUUUAUUUUCUUCAUUGCUAAACCUUUCAUAGCUCCAUUCACUCAAAGGAACCACGUGUAUUCCAAAAUCAUUGCAAACUUUGUACAUGCUUUCACUUUCUCCUAUAAUUAUACCAACGUCUGCUUUCAGGAGUGCCAGCAAGUCUGUGAAUGAGUCACCGAUAUAAAUAGUAACACCAGAACUAUUUUCUGCAUUUUCAAUGAUAUUUUCCAACUGUACUUCCUUGUCAGAAGCCGAGACGUAUUUUUUGUCCAUAAUCCCGUUGGCGGUGCCAUUCUCGAAUUCCAGUUUAUUUGUAUGUAUUUCAAUUGGCAAUGUCCCUUGCCUGUUUAGGACAAAGUGUAUUAAUUUUUCAGAAAAAUUCAGUGAUAUCACAUGUAGUGGAAGAUUAAGAACCUUGUCUUUGAGAUUUUCUAAUACAGUUAACACAUCUGGCAUAAGUUCAACAUUUUGAGCAAACUCAAACAGACCUUUGGUCGUUAUUCCUUCGAGUAGUUUAGUUGAAAUAAGUUCAUCUAUUGCUCGGCCAUCUCCAACGCUAACUCUUGCCAAGAAGCGCCGCAAACCGUCCUCGUCAAAUCGAGCUGCUAUUGGUUUCGGGUCUUUCAAAGGUUUUAAAAUGGGCUCCAUUGUUGAGCUGUAAAAUUGCUGUACUUUCUCCCAUUUUUGGUCAAGUAUAUCUUUGUUGUUGUGGUGAUAGUCUUCCCUUGCCCUGUAAAUGUCUAGUAUAGCUUUGGUUGUACAUGUUUUGUCAAAAUCUAAUGCAAGGACUUUAACGUGCGUGCUUUUUUUCCAACAGACAUUUUUCGAUAAGUGACUAGCCCCACUCAUUGUCGCCAUAAACUUGUAGAAAAAUACCAAUUGGACGUAGAAAUACUUUUUAAACAUAACCACAACAGCUUUUUAUAGAUUAGUAGAUUUAUAUGAGCGUAUUUUCUUCUCAUAUCUACAAGCGAGGUCGCAUAAAUUUGGUCUUAUAGUUGGAAAAUUUUAAAAAAAUUGACGCCAUUUUAAAUUUUUUGAUACAAUUUUUUUGCAAAUCUUCCCCCCGGAACAUUUUGCCCUACCAUGCGCAAAAACAUUGGUUAGCCUAAUUUCCAGGGGGAUGUUGUAUUUACGAUCUUGUAUAGAAAGAGGGACGAAGCAGAGACUAAGUCGAGAAAAACAUGGCUGCAUUUUUUGCUGGGUCGAUCACUUCCAACUUAAAAUUCACUGCAAAGGUUUGCGUUUUUCAUUGUUAAAACUUGUUUAAAACAGGUUGAAAGUUUUGGUACGUAGUAUCUAUAUGUAUAUGUACCGUUAAUCAGUCAAUUGUAGUAAUAUUUUAUUCUGAUACUAACAACUAUGUACAAAAGUUUAUACAGUGUUGAGUCAUUGAGUGUUGAGUGUUGUUUGGUUUUAUUAAAUACAUAAAAACCAUAUCAUAAAAACGAAAUAGACAUUAGUUUCAUAUUAAUUAAAGCUAUUUACAAUGUAGAUAGAUGGCACAGAUUGUGAUAGAGUAUAUUAUUUUAUUCUAAUGGGUUAUUCCAGAAAACAUCCAUACCACCCCCACGGAGGAAAUAGGAAGUUAACCCCCCUACCCCCUUCGGAUGUCCUAAUACAUUUACUAUUAGGCCAAGGGAACUGUAGAGAGGGCCCCCUAUACUUUUUGCGUGAAGCGUGAAGGGCUUGUUUUACUUAGCC